AUUGACUUGACUCUGUACACUUUCUAUGAUGAAAACACUAUUCCUAGGUUGGUUUUAUCAGCUCGUUGUUGUUACGUUGGUAUAUGAACUAAGAUGUCCAGCGCCAGGACAUUGGCGUCUGAGAGCAAGAAAGUUUUAUUGUGGUGAGAGCUAUGUAUGUUUAUUACGUUCACCCGAGAAUUCGUAUCGUGAGACCUGUGAUGGACUCGAUUAUAGCAGCACAGGCAGCAAACUUAUAUUCGAACCAUAUUUCAACAGAGCAGGAUGCAGCUAUAAACGGUAUCAGCCUUUCCCAUUUUCAACUGAUGGUAACAAUAAGUGUGUUUAUCAAAAGUCAUUUUGUAAUGAAGAGGGUCAAAUCGUCCACCGUGAAGGAAGUAUGAUAAAUGAUACAACUUGUGGAUGCGAUUCUUCACAAGGGUACAUAUUUGUUACCAAGCCAGAGCACAACUGUUACUGUAUACCAUCAAAAGAAGAUUGCACUUGUCAUAAGCUAUCUUGUAAUGAUAAAGAUACACUUUGUCCUUUUAUUGGUUCUGCUGUUCGGAAUGUAUCUUGUCCAAAAAUUUUAAUCAGACCGUCAACACAAAAGAAUGAGUCCUCGACAUCCGUAGACAUAUUUAAUGACGUUAGAAGUAGUUAUUAUGAAGGAAGGAAAUAUAGAUUAACAUGUUUUUACUUCAGCACAUCAUUAGUAAUUGUUAUGAUCACUGUUUUAGCUGUAAAUGGAUUAUCAGAGUGGCCCGAUGUUUUAUAUAUCGUUCGUACAAAACAAUUCUUGGUAGAUCAAGAUGUAUCUGGUAACUCGUCGGCAGGCAAUUCAAUAGAAAUUGAACGAUUACAAAACGAAAAGAACAGAACCGUAAUGGAAAAACUUUUAUCAGGAGACGAAAACGAUUAUAACGAAUUUAUCACAUUCCUAAAAGAACAUACGGAAUAUGUUGACCUCGUUUAUGGAAUAGAAAACACAGUUGUUACAGAUGACGAUAGGAUAGCAUUUCUAAAUUGUCAAAGGAACACUGAAAAAAGAAGAUAA